GACCUCGUCUCUGCUCAUCUCUUCAUCCGCCAUAUCGCCAUCUUCCACGCUUCCACCUCUCCUCUUGACCAUCUCGUCAGCUCGCCCUAACCCCGCUCAUCACUAUGCCCCCACCUCUUGGCUUCAAUCUUGCGCCGCGCGCGCACGCCCCCGGCCCGUCACUCUCCCUUGCACGCUCUCGACCCGGUCCUCCCGGCCCGCCCUCGCUCUCUGGCGCGUCCGCAACCUCAGCAAGCAGCAGCACGAAACCUGUGUCUCCGCGUGCACCUUCCUUCCACGCCGAGCUUGACGAUUCCUCCAUCCCCCUCCUGCCCGUGACGCCCGUCGACCCCGCCGCGUGGGCAGCGGAACACGCGCGCCCCUCCAACGAUAUCGAGCGAGUCAGCGGAGAGGGAAGGCGCGUCCAGUUUGCGCCUGAUACGCACGUGGCCGUAUUCGACGUGGAAGAUGAGGAGGAGGCGCAGUACGAGGGGUUCCAGAAGCUGACUCGCGAGGAGGUCGUCUGGAUCGCCAUCAGCGUGGCCGCGGUCGGGGGUAUUGGAGCCGCGGCGGUUCUCGCCACGCUGUACGACUGGGUACUGUGAUGUUUGAGUAGCAUCCGAAGACGUAAUCGGGGAAACGGAGAUGUGGAGAAGAGGGAGAUCACCGUCGCUAUGAGAUGGUCGACAUAUCGACAUCCUGUACGCCGAGAACGCGUCGAGCCCCGCUCCGCGUGCGAUCAGUCGCGAACACGCCCGUCAACGGUGAAUAAGCGAGCACACUACGAAAAUGGCGCGUUUGCGCGGCCUCGUUAUAUCGCGCAAGGCCCUCGCAUCUGACCAGCUGGCGAGAUAUCCAGCACCCCGGCUCAGCAUGUCAGUCACAGGGACCCUCACAUAGCUCACGUCCCAUGCCGCCAUUAGUCACGCGAUGCAUGAGUACUACGAUGUAUAAUCUACUGGGACACAGCG